AACAAGUAUUCUGGAGAUUUCAAAGUUUUUUUUUUUUUUUUUACAAUGGGGCUUUUGGUUUUCAGUCUUUCUGGAUUGUUGCUGCUAACAGCAAUUGACUUGUGUUUUGCACAGUGGUCAGGAUUUCAACAAGGCCAGGAUCCAGUAAGAUUUCAGCAGCAACAUCCACCAGUUUUAGUUUCUCAGCAAGCUGUCCAAGGCCCACAGGUAUCAGCAUCUUUUAAGCCUCCAAGGCCUACAAUGAACUCUACUGAGGCUGAUCCAUGGAAUCUUCUUCAAGAGUCUGGAAAUACUCAGUCCAAACAACUAAUGCAGGGUCCUGUAGUGCCUUUGAUGUGGCGUUUUCCAAUAAUGCCAGAAGAACCUCAACAGCCAGAUGUGCCUUUUGAGCUGCGUGUACCUAUAGCUACAGAGAGUAUUGCAGCACAAUGUGGGGAGAACUUUGUGCAUGUGGAGGUUAAGGAGGAUUUAUUUGGGACUGGUCAACUGGUGAAUCCUUCAUUCCUCACUUUAGGAGGCUGUGCAGUUGUAGGGGAGGAUCCAGAAGCUAAAGUCCUUAUCUUUGAAUAUGAGCUCCAGACAUGUGGCAGCUCUCUGAUGAUGACUAAUGAUGAGCUUGUUUACACCUUCACCCUCCUCUACACUCCAGAGCCUUUAGUAGGAACUCCCAUCGUAAGGGCUGAUGCAGCAGCUGUUGGAAUUGAAUGUCAUUAUUCAAGGUUGCAAAAUGUAAGCAGCAAUGUGCUGAUGCCCAGCUGGGUUCCUUUUGCUGCUACAAAAGUUGGAGAGGAAGUUCUGGUGUUUUCCUUGAAGCUCAUGACUGAUGACUGGAUGUUUGAGAGGCCAUCCAAUCAGUAUUUCCUAGGGCAGUUCCUGAAGCUUGAAGCUUCUGUGAAGCAAUACAACCACGUCCAUCUGCGUAUCUUUGUGGGAGACUGUCUGGCUACUGCAGUCCCUGAUGUAAACUCUUCUCCAAGAUAUUCCUUCAUUGAGAACUAUGGGUGCCUGGUUGAUGGAAAGCUCACAGGCUCCACUUCCAGUUUCAUGCGCAGGGUUCAGAAUGAUAAGCUGCAGUUUCAGUUGGAGGCUUUCAGGUUCCUGCGAGCUGAUAGUGGCUUGGUGUACAUCACCUGUUCUCUAAAGGCUGUCAUGGCCUCUACCCCGACAAGUCCAGAGAACAAGGCUUGCUCCUUCAAUAAUGGAUGGACUUCUGUAGAUGACAAUGACCAGGUGUGUAUGUGCUGUGACUCCACAUGUGGUUCCAGCAGAAAAGGACGAGCACUACCUGAAUCAGGCCUGGUAUCAGAAGGGAAAGCAACCAUCGGCCCCAUUGUGAUCGCUAACUGAUGUAUUGUGAAUGGUGAGAAGUGCCAAUAAAAGUCUUUUUAUAUA